AUGCAUUCUGACAUUAGGUCAAUGUAUGAACUCAUUUUGCCUGAUUUCAAGGAUAUUACUUCGUGGUCUCGUCUCAUGCGACCUCCGGUGACCCAGAAGAUGGAAUCGAAUAAUAGAAUUAUCCGGGAUAACAAGGCUGCUGGUUUGGGUUUCGGAGGUGUAACCAUGUCUAUCAGUGACCAAGAAGGCAUAGACUUGUGUCAGAUUCUUAGACCCCAUCUAUCCAAUAAGAUCCUGUCUGAAGAGAAGAUCCUGGUUACACUCUGGCUUUUGGGGAACCAAGAGUCAUUCAGAUGUGUUGGUGACAGAUUCAACUUGAGCAAAUCAUCACUACACAAAGUAUUUCUUGAAGUAGCAUGUGCACUGAAUUUAGUUAUGGAAAAUAUCAUUGUAUGGCCUGCAAGAGAUCAAAUUAAUACAUUUACAGAACAAUGCUUUAGGAAAACUGGAUUUCCUGGUGUUGUCGGUGCUAUAGAUGGAACUCAUAUACAGAUUCCAGGUCCCAAAGAGAAUAAAGACUCAUAUGUAAACAGGAAAAUGUUUACAAGUAUUCAGCUGCAAGCAGUUUGUGAUUGUAAUCUAAGGUUUCUCGAUAUAUAUUCAGGAUGGGCAGGGGUUGUGAUCGAGAGAGCAUUUGGUUUACUUAAGUGUAAAUUUCGAAGGUUAAAAUGCCUAGAUAUGACCAGAGUUGACAAAAUGCCAUUAAUUAUUACAGCUGCUUGUGUUUUACAUAAUUUUAUUUUGUUCAGGGAAAACCUGGAUAUUCAAACAGAGUUACAAGACAUUGUUUUUGAACCCGAGCCAGAGGUUAUAUAUGAAGGUGUUCCCGAAGUGGAAAGAGAGGAAGCUAUUGCAAAUGAAAUAGCAAAUCUGCUUGCAUAA